AAACUGACAACAGGGGGGCAGGCAGCAAAAUGUCACUGGCCCAAGUGGAAGGUAAGUUCCGUUCUUAUCCGUCACUCUCACCUACAGCAGACAUGGAAGGAGCAAGUGGCAGAUAAGAGUGUUUCGUUUGCAAGUACACGUUAGGAAGCUCCUUCCCUGCCACAGCAAAAAGAAUGAGGAGCCAUCAAUCAAGACCCGGAGGAAAGGAAGGAAAUGGAAUGUGAGUCCGUUUGGUCUUCAGACUUUGUCUUGGACACAUCGAUCACGACGACAGCGUGGAGUCUCUCCCUGGAUGCCGAACUGGAUUGCUUUCUGAUCUUUUGCCUCAGCAGGUCAACAAUGUCAUUCCUCGACCAGCCAAUGUCAGCAUCACCUGGAUAUCGCUUCGGCACUUUUGUUCGGAUCAUUCCCCUCAGUCCGCUUUCUCACUUCUCACUUGCGGCUGAUCUGUCUUACGUUCGUCCUAGGGAGAUCAUGAUCAAGAACAUGAUUGAUCUGGACGGCGUUCCAGCGAAGCGCACGGUACGUGAUAGCAGGUGCCAAGGCAGGUCCUGAAACAGAAACAAUGACGCCGGUGAGGUCGACGAAGCGGGAGCUCAGCUCUUGAAACAGAGGC